AUGUCAAACGCUCCCGCGCGCGGCUUUGCGGCGUCUGCUGGCAGCGGUGACGAAUAUGGGUAUGAAUUUGAGGACCGCAUCGUGUACCCGGCGCCCAGGGCGUUCGUAGGCGAGCCCGCGCCAGACUUUGUGGCCCCAGCCGUGGUGGGGGGCGAGGUCAAGAACAUCAAGCUCAGCGACUACAAGGGCAAGUAUGUCGUCCUCUUCUUCUACCCGAAGGACUUCACGUUUGUGUGCCCCACAGAGAUCGUCGCAUUCUCUGACCGGGCCAAGGACUUCGAGGCCCUCAACGUCCAGGUCAUCGCCGCCAGCACAGACACCGAGGAGUGCCACCUCGCCUGGAUCAAGUGA